AUGGUGCUGCCGGGACUUGUCCGCUUCUUCCUUCUCCUCGGCCUCCUCCUCGGCGUCCUCGGGGCAGCACCUAGCAGCUCUGCGCAACCGGCCAAGGGCACAGCAUUGGCGAAACCGCCCUAUGCGCCGCUGACAGUCACGACAGCGCAGGCGCGGAGCGGCACGCUUCUGCCCUCUGGCGGCGGACUGACUCUGAACCGCACCCGUCCAGCGGCACUGAUAAAGCUGCCCAAGCUGCGUGCAUGGUCCAUGACCGUUUGGAUCGCCGACAGGGGAUACGACAUGAGUACGCCAGACCUGCUGCCCGCCUACGUCCCCGACGUCCGAGUUACGACCGACCCGAGCAAGAACUUUGCCUUUGAAGAGCGGCGAAGCGUCGAGGCCCUCUCCAGCGGCGGAACACCUGGCAAGGCGAACCAUGUCAACAGGGGCGGCGACACGUGGCGCCUCGCGUUCGACGACGGCUUCGCAAACUUCACGUACGGGUGGGACAUGGCUGAGAACCAGUCGCUCAACGUUACGACUGAGGACGCUGUGGAGCACCAGGUUCUCAUGGGGUUCAGUCUGGCCGCCGACGCUGAGAGCACCGCACCACCGGGAAACGUGACAGUAUACUUCCAGGUCGUGGACCUGCUCGACGCCGAGCCGACAGUGCGCAUCACGAGUUACCGUGCCGAGACGGGGUUCCUCGGCGACACAACAGACAGCAAUGUACUCCUCUUCUCGCCCGUCAUCGAGGCGCCAGAGCUCCCCCAGCCCCAGUACCCGAACUACACGCUGCCGGGGCCGUAUCCGGACUGGCCGCAGUUCAAGCCGCACUCAGACGCCGGAAGCGGGCCAACGGCAGGCAUGUUUGGCAACUUUACAGACGGCAACUUCACGUUUGUCGUGCAGGAGACAGCAGGCGCGGACAGUCUCGUGACCCGCGCGCUGGGCAAGAGCGUCAUUGCGCUGGCGCUUGCGGGCAACAACACCGUCUUCGAAGCCACGAGCUGGACGCACAUCAACCUCGCGAGCGGAUUCAGGAAGUACGCCGUGAUUGAUGGCCUAAAGCCCGACACCAACUAUACGUUCUGGAUCUACGACCGCGACCGCCUCGUCAUCUACCCUCCUGCGCUGUUCCGGACGAAGAAGCCCGGCUUCCGAUGCCCCCUCAUGCUUCCCACCGCCAUGUGUCCGGGGAUCGGGUACGCCAGUCCCGUCGCCGACGUCCAGCCAGGAGGACAGAAGUAUCUGACCGACAUUCCGGACCAAUUCGCAAACGUCAUUGCCGAGAAUCUCGACACGUUCAGCAUGUCUCUAACGGCCCAGGCGUGUGGAAGGGACAUGUACAGCUACGUCAGCACGUGUGCGGACUGCUACGACGCGUACCGCGUCUGGGUAUGCCGCAUGGUCCUGCCGCAGUGUGCUGAUGCGGAUCCCGCACCGUUCGAGAACAUCACCACCCUGCCAACAGCACCGCAUGUCGUGCCCCGCUCCACCGACUCACCGCGAUCAUCGGCGAUCUCUUACCCGUACGAAUACAGCGAGCUCCUGCCCUGCAUCGCGGUGUGCACCGAGGUCGACCGCGUGUGUCCCCUGAAUCUGCAGUUCAUCUGCCCGCAUCGCAACUUCAACGCGAACGAGAGCUAUGCGUUCGAAGGGAGGAAGAAUGGGGUGAAUGAUGGACAGGCGAGGAAUGGGCGGCCGAGCAUCGACCGCUUCGGGAACCGGUGGUGCAAUGUGUAG